ACUCUGCACAUUACAGAGGGAACUCGUACGCACAGGAAGCCUCUGAGCGCAUGGAGAGAACAAGAGAGAGUAGAGAAAAACAAAAAAACAGACAACGCCUGCUGCCGCUCACAGCAGAGAACAAUUAGGAUCCGCUCAUGAACGAAUGCGGCGGAAAACUUUCUGAGUUUCUGUUUCUGAGAGACAGUUGUAGGACCUGACAGGGCACAAUGUCACGCCGGGACCAGAGGUUUCGGAGAGGAAUGAAAGGACGGUGUUGUGAAUGUGGCUGCAUUCUGUCUAGCUGGUACUAUGAGAGAGAGGGACAGCGCUACUGUAAGAAGCACUACUGGGCCCGCUAUGGAGAGCACUGCCACGGCUGCAAAGAGGCCAUUGCAACAGGACUUAUCAUGGUGGCUGGAGAGCAGAAGUACCACCCUGAAUGCUUCACUUGUAUGAGCUGUGAGAUGUUCAUUGGAGAUGGAGACACCUACACACUUGUUGAACGCACAAAACUCUACUGCGGCCAUUGCUUCUGUCCGGGUGCGGUAUCCGCUGCGAAGUCAGCUUCUUCACUCACAAAGCGUCCCCACAUGGUGGCGCUGGUGUCUCUCCCUCCCAAUGCAGGACAAGGCCUCUCUGUAGCCACUGACCUCAGCCAAGAAAAAGGCCAUCUGGUCACUGUGACAGGGUUAAACACGUCUACCCUCAGCCCUGAGCUGCUGUCCACAGUCCACAUGGGUGACCGGGUCCUGGAGGUCAAUGGCAUCCCUGUCCAGAACAUUUCCCCAGAUGAGAUAAACUGUGUGAUCCAGGACACGAACAGACCGCUGCAGCUGACCAUUGAACACAACCCACAGUCUCCUGAUGACCCUCCUCGCUCAAAUGAUCCCCAGGAGAACAUCAGCUGUCCUGACCCGUGUGUCUGUGAAAAACUCUCUUCAACCCAUAAGCUUCCAAGUCUAGAGGAAGAGCCGAGUCCAGGGCAGGAGACAGAUGAACCAAUCAGGAUGAGCCUCUCACCGCCUCAGCACCAAGGAAUGAAAUCUAGACACAUUCUGCGCAGCUGCAGUAUAGAUAAGUGUCCUCUGUCCCCUGGAGCACUGUCACUUAUAUCUCAAAGAAGAGACAUGGUUCGUUCCGAGUCUCUUCGUGCGGACCCUGGAGAUCGGACUCAUCGCAUCUUCCGACCUUCAGACCUCAUCCAUGGAGAGGUGCUUGGCAAGGGCUUCUUUGGACAGGCUGUCAAGGUAACGCAUCAGGAGACAGGAGAGGUGAUGGUGAUGAAAGAGUUGAUACGGUUUGAUGAAGAGACGCAGAAGACUUUCUUGAAGGAGGUGAAGGUGAUGCGCUGUAUGGACCAUCCCAAUGUCCUAAAGUUCAUUGGACUGUUUUAUAAAGACAAACGGAUAAACUUUGUCUCCGAAUACAUCCAGGGAGGAACUCUCAGAGAGACCAUAAUGAAAAUGGACAAGGAUUAUCCCUGGGGUGUCAGAGUGGGUUAUGCUAAAGACAUUGCAGCUGGAAUGGCUUAUCUACACUCCAUGAAUGUUAUUCACCGAGAUCUUAACUCACACAACUGCCUGGUCAGAGAGAACCAGUCUGUGGUGGUGGCGGACUUUGGACUAGCCAGGCUGGUGAGGGAGGAGAGAAAUCAGAGCAGAACCUCUUCUCUGGAAAGGCCUGCUAAGGGACCACUGUCAGAUCUCCGCAGGCCUGACAGGAGGAAGCGCUACACCGUGGUGGGAAACCCCUACUGGAUGGCCCCUGAGAUGAUUAGUGGAAAAACCUAUGACGAACGGGUGGAUUUUUCCUUUGGUAUAAUGAUAUGUGAGAUAAUAGGUAGAGUGAACGCUGACCCUGACUACCUUCCCCGGUCAAAUGACUUUGGGCUAAAUGUGUCCGGCUUCCUGCAGCAAUACCACCCUCCUCAGUGUCCCCCCGCUUUCCUGCCACUGGGUGUACUUUGCUGUGACAUGGACGCGGAACAACGUCCUUCCUUUUCAAAGCUGGAGGAGUGGCUGGAGAACCUGCUGAUGCACCUGAACAUCGGUCUGCCUCAGCUCUCUGAGUUAGAGCAGCUCGUCAAAGCCUUCUGGAUGAACCACAACCACCAAAACCAAACUCAAAGCCAGGAUAAAUCCCCUGAUUCUGAUGAACAAACCCAGUGCUCAGAGACACAAAUACAAAGCCCUGACGCCAAAUUACAUUCACACAAUGCAAACAACCAGGAACCUCAUCACCUGACUGAGAGCCAAAAUCAAAAAUGUACACCUGACAGACAUUCGGAUGAAGAGCAUGACCAUGAGAUGAGACCCGAGCAUAACCACUCCUGUUUGAGCAGACAAUGUAAGGAUCAAUCACAAGAGAGCCAGACGUGUUGCAGGUCGACGAACACAAACUCAGGCGAGAAUGAGACUAAAUCCUAUGAACGGAACAACCCCUCAGGACAACCAAAAGUCCAGGAAGAGCCCUCACAACAGCUGCAGGUCAACACCUCGCUGCUAGGCCGCUCUAACAGGCAGAGACGGACAUGCAGAGCGCUUUGGGACAAAUCUGCAGAGGACAGCUCUUCUCCCUGACGGCUUUAUCGUUUUAGUAAAUAUAUUCAUUCAAGUGAACGACGGAAAAAUAAUUCUCUCUAUUAAACAAACUACAUAAUUGCGACAGUUUGUUAGAUAGCCUACCUCAAACAUGCCUUGUGCAUUUUUGAGCUACAAUUGAUCUUUUCUUAUCACAUGGUUCCUACAGCUUAAGGCAACAAAAUGCAUGACCAUCCUUAAAAUAACCAGAAUUUAUUUUUUUUUAAAUCAAUGGUUGAGGCCCUGGUUAAAAGAAAACACUUGUUAGCAGCUGCAAGGAGCUGAUAGAGACGUAUGAUUGGUGUUUGAUCCUCGUGCUAGGACACCACAUUAUCUGUUUUUAGUGUAUGCAGGAUUGCAUUUAGAAAAGUAUUAUAAAAUAGAGCAGAGAUUUUAAAAUCUAAUAAAUGUCAAAAAUAUAUAUUUAUAAAAUCUUAUUCACCUUGGCAAGCAUUUAAAGAUUGAUUUUGGGUUAUUUUAAUUCCUUUUUUGAGGUGUUUAAGGACUCCUUGGAACUCUGUUAUCAUACUACAUCUAUGAUAGUCAUAUUACCUGUGGUAAUUUGAAGUUGUGUGGCCAAUUUAUCAAUUGGGCACGGCUCCAGUGUGAACAUUGUGAAGAACCUGUGAAACACAUGGCACUUUAUACUGUAAAGUACACUGCAUUGGUGCAUUAUUAUCUCCAUGCCUUGAGUAUUUUCUGUUUAGACGUUUUACAUUUGUCUGAAACACUGAGCUGUGCACAUAUAAAAGCACAAAUGUAACUUAAUAAAGACAAAUCUAAACUGA